AAUGAGGGAGAGAGACUAGGGGAAGAGAGGAAGAAACUGAAGCAGCAGAGAAAGAAAAACAAUGGAGGGCGGCGGCGGCGUUAGGCUUCAUGUCGGAGGAUUAGGAGAAAGCGUCGGGAGAGACGAUCUUCUCAAGAUCUUCUCUCCCAUGGGUUCCGUCGAAGCUGUCGAAUUUGUCAGGACCAAAGGUCGCUCCUUUGCUUACAUCGACUUCUCUCCCGCCUCCGAGAACUCACUCACUAAGCUCUUCUCCACGUACAAUGGAUGUAAGUGGAAAGGAGGGAAGCUGCGGCUGGAGAAAGCCAAAGAGCAUUACAUGGCUCGCUUGAAGAGGGAAUGGGCAGAGUCAGCUUCUGUUUCUGCUUCUUCUGAUGACACUGUUAAAGCCCCCGAGGAGUCACCUCCUUCCACUCACCUUAACAUCUUCUUUCCCAGACUCAGAAAGGUGAAAGCUAUGCCACUAAGUGGAACUGGCAAACAUAAGUAUAGCUUCCAGCGUGUUGCGGUGCCGUCUCUUCUUCCCAAGACUUUUUGCGAUUGUGAAGAGCAUUCUGCUUCUCUCACGCCUCAGGAAACUCAUGCCCGUGAUGUGGAAGCGCUUAAUGUGGGGAUAAACGUAGAAGAGGUGAAUAUUAUGAACUCCGUGAUGAAUAAGCUUCUUCAGAAAGACGACAGCGUCAUCAGUGAGAAAGAUGACAUCAUCGUAGAUACCAAAGAUAACAUUUUGAUCAAUGUGGUAUCUAAUGGGAAGGACAUGAUGGACGCUGAGCUGAGUAACUUGUCAAGAAAACGGAAAUCAAUGCUCGAUCAAACACCAGCAGAAGGAUAUACUGAGGGACAGAAGGGGAACCACCUUCAUCCAAACAAGAAGAGGCAGCCAAUCAUCCCAGAGGGAAGUGGAAGACAGGAAGGUUCACAGGCCAUACGUGAAAAGAAGAAACCUUCUGAAGUCGAUCCGGAUGAACCAAGCAGAACAACAGGCGUCAAGAAGGCGAAUGACAAUAUUUCCUGGUCUCAAAAGUCUUCCUGGAAAGCACUUGUGGCCAAUGGAAACAGCAGUAACUUUAGCGUAUCCAGUUUCUUGCCGGAUGUUAGCUCCAGUAAAGCAGUACAACCUGCAUCAGACACCGACGUUGAAGGUUCAGACCACUCAGAGUCAGAAGAUACUGACGUUGUAGAUUCAGACCACUCAGAGUCAGAAGAUGAUGACGUUGAAGGUUCAGACCACUUAGAGUCAGAAGAUGCUGACGUUGUAGUUUCGGACCACUCAGGGUCAGAAGAUGCUGACAUUGAAGGUUCAUACCACUCUGAGUCAGAAGAUAAUGACGGUGUAGGUUCAGACCACUCAGAGUCAGAAGAUGCUGAUGUUGACGGUUCAGAACACUCAGUGUCAGAAGAUACUGACGUUGCUGACAUAAAUGUGGAUGCUGAAACAGAGGAACUUGCAGCAAGCACCGAGGGCGACAGUGAGGAUGGAAGUUUGAACGUGGAAGAGGAUGAGAAUGCAGCAGAGAAUUUGAAUGCAGAAAAUGAAAGCUUAGAUCAUGAUAUGGACGAAGAAGAGACAGAGAAAGGACAAUUGGAAGCUUCUAAGAAGUCAGCAGGAGGUUCAUUAUGGCUUCAGAAGGCUUCUUGGACUCAGCUGGUUAGGGACCAGAAUGCUUCAUUCAGUAUUACUCAACUCUUCCCGAAUUUACCUCCUGAGAAGACCGAAGCAGAUAGAGUGAACAACAGUGGAGAUGGCCAGUUCACCUACUCUAACCAGAGUGGAAGUGCCAAUGGUGUCGAGGCUGCGGGAGUCCACGGGGCUAGUAGUAGUACCCCUCUGAGAAGUUUAAAAGAGAAUCAGCAGACUCUGAAGGCUAAGAAUGUGAGUGGAGGAAGUAGAUUGGGUGUGAAGAGGCCGAUUAGGAGAGAGAUUGGAUCAGGGGAGACUUGCGCUUUUAUGAGAAGCGAGACUUCUGUGAGCGAGUGGAAAAGGGCUAAGAAGGCAUUGAGCGAGCCAAGCAGAAAGAAGAAAAGUGAAGAAUGAGUUGGAUUGUAACAGAUCUAAAAAAGCUCUUCAAAUUAUGUAUUCCUCUGCGGGUUUUGUGUUAGUUAUACAUUUUGUGCUCUUUA